GGCCAAUGGCGGCCGUUGAUUUACCGCGGGAAGAGAGGACAUGCUGAUGAUGUUUCCCAAGGUACAAAGAAACGGGCUAAAACUAUGUCAAACCAAUGAAUUUAGACCUAUGUCAAACCCUACACGACCUUUGCCACAAUAGAAAUACCCCAGUAAUCUCUAAACAGCCUAAAAACCCGCGAAUUACCGGGAAACGAGGGUCCAAAUAUGAAGGCCUCGUCUGCACUAUCCGGUUUGUACCAGUUUUAAACCGAAAUUUUCAUGGCGAAUUGAACUCCUCUCAGCCCCACAGGCCCCAUUUAUCCCUAUUUCCAGGGGGUCUAUACGGUAUUGGCCAGGUGAGGAAGGCGAGGCAAGGAAUAGAAAGGCACGUGGAUGUCCCGGAGGAGAGGAAUAGCGGGAAGCAGAGGACUUAGAGCAGAAGAUUGAAAAGAUGAGUCUGACUGUUGAAGCAUCAAAACUUUUAGACUUCAACCAAAAAUUGGACAUACCUCUUCUUGACAAUGUCAUAGGUUUUAUGUACAAUGGGAUUGGAGAACAGCAACGUAUUGCCCAGGAGGUCCUCACCACACUCAAAGAGCACCCAGAUGCGUGGACAAGAGUGGACGCCAUCCUUGAGUACUCACAGAACCAACAGACCAAAUACUAUGCACUACAGAUCCUGGAACAGGUGAUCAACACUAAAUGGAAGGUGUUGCCUCGAGAUCAGUGUGAAGGAAUCAAGAAAUACAUAGUCAAUGUUAUUAUUAAAUUGUCCAGCACCCCAGAAUCUCUUGAAAGAGAAAAAGUAUAUUUGAAUAAAUUGAACAUGAUUCUUGUACAGAUCCUCAAGAGAGAAUGGCCUAAGAAUUGGCAGUCAUUCAUCCCAGACAUAGUUGGGGCAAGCAAGACCAAUGAGUCUAUGUGCCAGAACAACAUGGUCAUCCUCAAGUUGCUCUCAGAGGAGGUAUUUGACUUCUCUACAGGCCAGAUGACCCAGACCAAGGCCAAACACCUCAAAGACACCAUGUGUUCACAGUUCCAGCAGGUUUUCCUCCUCUGUAUAUUUGUCAUGGAAAACUCUCAAAACCCAACACUCGUCAGUGCCACACUAGAAACCCUGUUAAGAUUUCUCAACUGGAUUCCUCUUGGGUACAUCUUUGAAACCAAAUUGAUCAGCACACUUAUCUAUAAGUUCUUAGGUUUGCCACUUUUCCGUAACGUGACGCUCAAGUGUCUGACAGAGAUAGCUGGUGUGGCUGUCCCUUCCUAUGAUGAGUCAUACAUCAUGAUGUUUUCACAGACCAUCACACAGCUGCAGGAGAUGCUGCCACUGGAGACCAACAUCAGGGAAGCAUAUGCCAAUGGUCAGGAUGCAGAACAGCAGUUUAUCCAGAACUUGGCACUGUUUCUCUGCACGUACCUGAAGGAAAGAGGCUCGCUGGUUGAAAAGAAGCAACUCAGUGAUGCCUUGAUUAAGGCAUUACAGUACCUGAUCCUGAUAUCUGAAGUGGAUGACACAGAGAUAUUCAAGAUCUGCCUUGAGUAUUGGAAUGCUCUUGCAUCAGACCUGUACAGAGAGUCCCCAUUCUUGCCCCCAACUAGUGCCUCACCACUUUACCUCCCCAGACCAAACUCACGGCGCCAGUUUUACCAAUCCAUCCUUACCAAGGUGAGGGCGUUGAUGAUCAGCCGGAUGGCCAAACCAGAGGAGGUGUUGGUGGUUGAGAAUGAGCAGGGUGAAGUUGUGCGGGAAUUCAUGCGAGACACAGACUCCAUCAACAUGUACAAAAAUAUGCGUGAGACUUUAGUGUACCUCACUCAUCUGGACUAUGCAGACACAGAGCGCAUCAUGACGGAGAAGCUGGCAAAUCAGGUGAAUGGCAGUGAGUGGUCUUGGAGAAACCUGAACACACUGUGCUGGGCUGUUGGGUCCAUAAGUGGUGCCAUGCCUGAGGAGGAUGAGAAACGAUUUUUAGUGAUUGUGAUAAAAGACUUGCUUGGCCUUUGUGAACAGAAAAGAGGAAAAGACAAUAAGGCAAUCAUUGCUUCAAAUAUCAUGUACAUUGUGGGACAGUACCCAAGAUUUUUGCGCAUACAUUGGCGCUUCCUCAAGACUGUCAUCAACAAACUUUUUGAAUUCAUGCAUGAGACUCAUGAUGGUGUGCAGGACAUGGCGUGUGACACCUUCAUCAAGAUUGCACAGAAGUGUCGGCGGCAGUUUGUGCAGAUGCAGGUUGGGGAAGCGAUGCCAUUUAUCGAGGAAAUCCUUUCUUCUAUCAAUUCCAUCAUCUGUGACUUGCAACCCCAGCAGGUGCACACCUUCUAUGAAGCAGUGGGCUACAUGAUAAGUGCACAGACUGAUCAGGUCAUCCAGGACCAUCUCAUUGGCAAAUACAUGAUGCUGCCCAACCAGGUGUGGGAUGAGAUCAUCAACCAGGCAUCUAGGAAUGUUGACAUUUUGAAAGACCCUGAUGUUGUGAAGCAGCUUGCCAACAUCCUGAAGACCAAUGUUCGGGCAUGUAAGGCUCUGGGCCACCCAUUUGUAUCACAGUUGGGACGCAUUUACCUUGACAUGCUCAAUGUGUACAAGGUAAUGAGUGAAAAUAUCAGUGCAGCCAUUGCUCUCAACGGAGAAGGAGUCACCAAGCAGCCUCUCAUCAAGUCCAUGAGGGUGGUCAAGAAGGAAACACUCAAGUUAAUAUCGGGCUGGGUUUCCCGAUCUUAUGAUCACACCCUUGUCUUGGACAAUUUCAUUCCACCAUUGCUGGAAGCAGUCUUGAUGGACUAUCAGAGAACAGGUGUGCCAUCAGCAAGAGAACCCGAGGUCUUGUCCACCAUGGCCACCAUUGUCAAUAAGCUAGAGUCACACAUCACACAGCAGGUUCCCAAGAUCUUUGAUGCUGUGUUCCAAUGUACUCUGGCUAUGAUAAACAAGGACUUUGAAGAGUUUCCAGAGCAUAGAACAAAUUUCUUCCUUCUUCUGCAGGCUGUCAACACCCACUGUUUCACGGCGCUACUCAAUAUUCCUCCAGCACAAUUCAAGUUAGUAUUGGAUUCAAUCAUCUGGGCAUUCAAGCAUACUAUGAGAAAUGUAGCAGACACAGGACUCCAGAUCCUGUACCAGUUACUACAAAACAUUUCCGCCCAUGAACAUGCAGCGAGCAGUUUCUACCAAACAUACUACACUGAUAUCCUGCAGCACAUAUUCUCUGUGGUUACUGAUUCAUCACAUACAGCAGGUCUGACAAUGCAUGCGUCCAUCUUGGCAUAUAUGUUCACGCUGGUGGAACAGAACCGCAUCACAGUGAGUCUGGACUCUGCCAAUCCUGCAUCGCCAAGCACAAACAAUGUCACCUUUGUUCAGGGCUUUGUGGCUAACCUGCUCAAGGCUGCCUUCCCCCACCUCUCUGAGAACCAGAUCAAGAUUACUGUGCAGGGCAUGGUUAAUCUCAACCAGGAUAUUCCUGCCUUCAAGGAGCACUUGAGGGACUUCCUUGUACAAAUCAGAGAGGUGACUGGAGAUGAUGAUAGCGACCUUUUCCUGGAGGAGAGGGAAGCUACCCUCCGCCUGGCCCAGGAGGAGAAGCGCCGUGUACAGAUGAGUGUGCCAGGCAUUCUCAAUCCUCAUGAGAUCCCUGAGGAUAUGCAGGACUAAAAACUGAGUCAGCAACGCCACAGUCACAGCUCCAUUUUUCUAUGUCACCUUGUUGGGUAUUAUGAUUUUUGUUUUCAUUAUGUAUUACAAUGUGAAUUAAUGUUUUCAUCUUUUACAAUAAUUACUUUUCCUUGAGCCAUUAAAGGUCUCAUUGAUCUCAUUACUGAAAUCUUCAUUGGUCAAUGGAAAAUGGUGGGGGUUGUGACCCUCCUCCCUUAUUGAUAUGUUAGACACUACAUUUUUUUUUUCUUUAAACCAUGUGCAUAUAUAAAGUUCAUUAACUCUGAAUGUUUGUAAAGGAAUAUUCAGAGUGUAAAUAUUCUUUUUCACUCACUAUUCCUUGUGAAGCCUUAGGGCUAAGGAGCCUUUGUCCACUAGUCUCGAGAGAGCUGUAUAAACUAGCCAUCUCGCUGUCAAAGCCAGAGCAACCAUUGUUAAGCAUUCGCACUAAAUAUUCUUGAUGAAAGGAUGAAAGGCGGCAUAGUUUCUACCAUCCCACUCCAACAUUUAGCUUUACCAAUUUGUCCUUCCCAUGAGAUGUAAUAAGGACAAUGUUUACUUGUAUGUCUGCAUUUUUCAGACACUUAAUGUUCAGUUGUUCCAAUUUAUAUCUUAGAAAGUGACCAGUUUGUUAAUUCCAACUGUUCAUGUCAAAAAUGGAGACAAUUGUACCUUGUGAUUAGUUUACUGUUGCCAAAUGAGAUUGUUAGUGAUACUUCAGACCAAACAAGGACCAGCUUUUGUUUUCUUUUGUUAUAAGGGGAGACACUAUUGUUUUUUAAAAAGGAAGAAAAUUAAGAAGUAUGAGUUUUGGUAAAAUUUGUACUUGGUCAUGUAUCACAGAGAAAAGUUCCUUCUGUUCCAUGGACACUUAUAGUGGUGAAAAUCUGUUUGUACAGGAUUGUGUAUCUUGACAGUUGUGUGUGUAAAAAUACACAAUAAUCUUAAGGAAGUGAUGUUCCUCACAAUUUUCACCACUGGUAUUUAUGUAAAUUGUUUCAAGUCAGUACAUAACAGUCUGUGAUGACACAGGAUACUGCCAUAUGAGUGUUUGUUACCCGUGAUAUCAUGUCUAUGGCUUGCUACACACAAUGAACAAAUAGGAUCAGCUAACAAGUGGUUAUGCAUCCUACUUCAAGAACUGUUAACUGAAAUCAACUGACUUUAUUGAUCCUGUGUUGAUAGAAAUUAAUAUUCCUGGUGACAGUGUCCCAGCAAGGUAGGUUCCAUGCUCGCCUAUCCAGCAUAUAGGCUCCCCUCCCCACCACAUGCUGUGGGCAAAGCCACUGUGUGUGUGUGUGCGUGUGUGUGUGUGUGUGUGCUGAAAAGUGUGAAAAUAUAAUGUGUUUUGAGUCAAAAAUGAAUGUUUGUUGUUUAUCAGUCAAUGCUCUGGCUUUGGAGUUCAGAUUGGCAUUUGUAUUGUUAAUUAGAAAUAAUCUACUGUUGCAGGCCCAAUGGGCUUAUGGUGAAACCUCAGUUUUGUAGAGGAUUAGCUGAAUGUGAGACUAUAUUUGCUAUUAUCUGAAUGUGUUUUUGAUUUAACUUUUUUUUUCAGGAAACAUAUAGUUCGUGGUAGUAAAUAUUGUAGAGACAGAUGAUCAUGUGCCAGACCUGUGUGCUUGUGGAUCCCUUUCAGCUGCACUGCCGGAGUCCGGACUUAUGCCUUGUGUUUUAACAAAUGUCUUUUCAGUUUCUGCUUGAAUGAGCUAUUCAAAUUAGGGAGCAAUAAUAGUGUCCCCAAGGGCUGUGGAGACAUUGAUCUCUCCCAGCACUCCUGUUUGACCAAAGUGUGUGUUGUGUGCAUGCAAGGAGUGACUGUCAUUUGAGAACAUACUUUUGUUUAGUUACAUGGUGAAUGAUAGCAAGGUAUUGAGCAUGUCAAAGGCUGCCCCAACCAUCCUUCUUAUAUGUAUGUAGUUAUUUUAUUUGUUAUUUUUGUUUACUCUGUAGCACAUGCAUUAUGGAUAAUGCCUCUAUCAGUCCAUUCUCUGUUUCAUCUGCAAGAACAAGUGAAGGUUACCAAGGCAGAUUAAUGUUUGUGAGUGGCAGUUCUUGCCCUUUACAUGUUCUUUCUCACCUUGGUCCGGCAUUAUAAACAGGUGUUUCUUAAAAUGUGUUGAUGCCUCUCAACCAUUUCUGUUCACUGUUAAGUAAGCUUACUGUUAUAUAAUCAAAGCAUGAUACAAGCUUUUGGGAGCUAUUUUAAGUCUUGGUGACAGGUUCCAGUCAUGAUCUAGAAGUUUGUGCUUUGUGUAAGCUACAGAUAUGCAGAUCAGAUGAUAAAUUCCUUUCCACUUACAAGUGUUUGCACAAGAGCUCAUGGAAGAGUGGUCUGAUCCAGUAACAGGAUUGGCCAGAUUUCCAGCCAGAACUGUGUAAUGUGGGGAGAAUUUUCUUCCAUGGUUAUAUACGUGCUUUCCUGCAAAAUUGUGGGAAAAUUAAUUUUCAUUAAGCAGGGAAAUUUUUCCUUUGGAAAGAAAUCUUAAAUACAUAACCUUGUUAAGGUAAUCUUUGUAUGUAAGGUUGUAUGUGUGUAAUUUAUUAGAAAUCUCCUCUAUUGAAUGUAAGCUGUCAUUGUAUUACUAUUAUUAUUGCUAUGAUCUUUCUUAGUUUGUCUCGCAAGGGGCCACAUUGCCGUAGUAAGAUUUGGAAGCGGCAAACACAAAAAAAAAAAACUUGAAAAUUCUGCAUUACGCUUAUGCUCCCUUGUGUAUUAUCCUUUGUUGUUUUGAAGUUUGAGACAAAUUAUUGUACGUCAGACUCUGUAGCAAAUUCACCAGAGAUGCUAAUGUGCAUGUUUCAUCUAAAUCUUUGUCAUGAAAUCUGCAGGAGUAAUCAAGAUCAGUUUAGUUUUUCUCAGGUGUUAAUUGAACUUUAUUGAUCUUGAAAACCUAUGCGGAUUUUUCAGUAUAGAACUUUCUGUGUUGCACUUUGGGUUUUGUUAAGUUUACAUUAUGAAAUCUUAUUCAUAUAUGUCUGUGAUUUGCUAUAGUGUUGAAUAGUGUACCUUGAGCCUCAGAUAGUAGUUGUACCACUAACUGAGAGCAUCCCUAGUUAGAACAUUCAUUUUGGAGCAAGACUUGAACUACCACUAGGUUGAGUCUCUGGUGAACCCUCAGAUACAUCCCCUAGGGCAGCAGACAUAGACUUAAGCUGCAGCAGCAGUGGCAGGAAGGCCCCUCACUGACAGCAUCUGACAGUGAUGAGGGAAGGGAUGGAGGAAGGGAACACCAGAAGCAGUGUAGUGUGUGUGGGGAUCUCUGGAGAACACUUGUACCUUUCUGUAGCUUUGGCUGGAACACUAACAUUCAGAAUACCAUCACAUUCAGGACUUAACCUUUAUACAUUCAUGGUUCAUGUUGUUCUUCCACCCCAUAGUAUGUGUGCUGUGUGUCUCCUUCAGUGCAUUGAGCCUGAGUCGCAGCGUCUCUGUUUUAAGAGGCGACGAGUCUUGUGUGACUGAAAGUUUUGAUAUUCUGCUACUUGUGCAAAACUUAGCAAAAUAAAUAUUUUACAUGAAA